UUUUUAUCAAUGGGUUAUUAUUUUUUUAACAAUGAAAAUUAUGCUAUCCAUGCUGUAUCUUUAUUAGAUACAUUCUUUAUAAAUGAAAAAACUCGUAUGAACCCAAAUCUUAAUUAUGUUCAACUCAUCAGAGGUCCACAAAAUACACCUAAAAUAGGGAGAAAAGAAGGCGUCAUAAGCUCUAGAACACUUGCUCGUAUUGUCAAUAUCUUACCUCUUUUGGAAACAUUUAAUGGUUAUUAUCUAUUAAAACAAGAUAUAAUUCAUUGGUUUAAUUCGUAUCUCUCUUGGCUUACAUCAAGUCCACUUGCUUUGAAAGCCGCAAAUGCUAAAAAUAACAUUUAUACAUGGUACAUGGUACAAUUGACUUCAAUAGAAUAUUUUUUAAAUCCAGUAUCUCCUCGCGUACCCAAUCUUAUUUUAAAAUUCUUUAAUGAAGCAUUGCCUGAACAAGUUGAUCUCAAGACCGGUAAUCAACCAUUGGAAUCAAACCGUGCGAAACCUCUCCAUUAUUUAGUUUUUAAUAUGCAAGCUAUUUUAUAUCUUGCUGAAUUAGCUAAAGACAGUGUAGGAAUAGAUGUUUAUAAUACAAAUAGUUUAAUUCAUUUAGCUACUCAUUACAUAACUUCAACUUUUAUUGGAAAAGCUGAAGAUCAAGAUGUUACUGAAGCAGUCAGAUGUGUUGAAAUUUUAUUGAGUAGAAUGAAUGGUCAAGAUGAUUGCUGUCAAAGAUUUGUUGAUAUUUGCUAUCAUUGUAAAUAUUCCUCUAAAAUAGGCGGUCCAAAAAAUGCAAUUCAUUCUUUAUGGUGA